AUGGACGCCUACGUGGAAGACCAAGACGUUCUGUUUGAUGAGCUCUUUUCUCAUCUGCGCAAAGUCGAAACAGGUGGGGUGAUACUAGAUGAAGAUCUAUUGAAACGUGCAGAAAGGUCACUCGACACCUCAACUCCCGGACCAACCUUGUGGCAGUUGCUGAGCACUGGCGAGGCCCUGCUUCAAGUUCUGCAGCAGGAUCCCCGCCCUUUGACCUGUCUUUUGGAACGGGACAUUUCCCUCAUUCCGUUUGAUGAGUUGAAACAAUCCGUCACUGCCAACAAACUCGAAGAAGGUCUGGACUCACCAUCGGUACCUAUCCAGCUACUUUGCAUAGCAUAUCUACGGAAAGCGGCAGAUACUCCGAGCGGUGCCUCGUUUAUUGCAGCGAGCUCUAGUCUUGUGAAAACACUGCUUACCUUGUGGUUGGGCUCGGAGAACACUGAAGUUGCAGAACGAGCUCUUGAAGCGAUCGAGGGGUUGUUGGCUGUUGAUAGCAAGGACAGCGUAACCGUGAUAUCUGCUGGGGAACGACUCGGAGAAGCACAAGGACAGGGACUUCUUUGGAGAAGGAUAUUCCACGAUAUAGAUGUCUACAAGAUUCUCUUUGAAUGGACAUCCCUUACAACCUCAAAACGAGAUGUCAAUACAAAGAAAGGGCUGCAACUAGUCACAAUCUCUCAGGCCAGGCUUUUUGACUUUAUUGCAAGAGCUGCACCACUAGACUGGGCUGCAUUGACGACCUCCAGCCUGCCCAACGUCGAGAACAAGUACAUGACAAGAGGCGACGAUCAACCAUUUGGUGGUAUCCUACGUUAUGCAGCAUCGUCCAUGAUUGAUUCCAACGACCUCCUCAUGGAAGUCCUGCGGCAAGAUUUCUUUGUCAAGCUUCUAGGGGUUGUGGAGGACAAUAACCUCCAGAAUGUUUCGCCUCGUCUCCUGGAGGCAAUCCAACAAGGUGCCGGUGUUGAAUCAACAAGGGAGACACAGGAUGUCGCUAUGCAUCUAUGA